CGUUAUUGCAUAUAAAAGGCUUACAGGGACUGAAAUACUAAAGUAGAGGAGGAGGUGGGGAGAAGACAAGUGGAGCUGCCAUUGCAGAGCCCAGCACUAGCCAUGGGGAGAGCUGCCCAGAAAACCCUCCUCUCUUUACUCUGUCUAGCAGCAGCGGUUUGUCAGGCUCAGGACACCUGCCCAGACGUGAGCUUAGAGGGUUUCAACAGUACCGAUAAACUCUCCAUUCUCCAAGGCUGCCCUGGAUUUCCAGGUGCCACAGGACCCAGAGGAGACUCAGGAAAUCCAGGAACGCGAGGACAACGGGGACCUCAGGGGAUCCCUGGAAAGGCGGGACUAACUGGCUCAAAAGGAGAAAGAGGUCCUGCUGGCGCCCCUGGAGUGAAAGGAGAUAAAGGAGCCCUGGGAGCUACGGGAGCCCCUGGAACAGCUGUGGAGGAAGACCUGGAAGACAUACAGUGUAAGAAAGGAGCAAAGAACUGCAAGGAACUGCUAGCUAGAGGGAACAUCAUGAGUGGCUGGUACACCAUCUACCCCCAUGACUGUAACGCCAUGACCGUGCUGUGUGAUAUGGAGACAGAUGGUGGAGGAUGGAUUGUGUUCCAGAGACGUGUGGAUGGCUCUGUGGAUUUUUACCGUGACUGGAAUUCAUACAAAAGGGGUUUUGGCAGCCAGCUGUCAGAAUUCUGGCUGGGGAACGACAAUAUCCACCUGUUAUCAUCCCUUGGUCCCCAGGAGCUUCGCGUCGAUCUCAGAGAUUUUGACAACAACUAUGAAUUUGCUUCCUUCUCGUCAUUCAGAGUUGCAGGAGAGACUUCAAAAUACACGCUGUUCAUUGGACCCUUUGUUAAUGGCACUACAGGGGAUUCCUUAACUAACCACAACGGCAUGAUGUUUUCAACCCACGACCAGGACAAUGACAUAGCUGAGAUUAACUGUGCUGUAGCCUAUAAAGGGGCCUGGUGGUACCGAGGAUGUCAUUCGGCCAACCUGAAUGGAUUAUAUCUGAAAGGAGCCCAUGAAAGCUAUGCUGAUGGGGUGAACUGGCAGACAGGCAAAGGGUACUCGUAUUCCUACAAGAGGGCAGAGAUGAAAAUGAGGCCCGUGUAGCUAAUCAGGGAGGAAAUUGUAAUAAUUAUACUUAGCUCUUAUAAAGCAAUAAUAGGCCUGUCAUAAUGAACAUUAAUCUGCAGAUGACAAUAAAGAUCUUUUCUUUAUCCACCAGCCAUGAGGGUGCAGACAUCAUU